AUGAAGCCGCUUACUAAACAGCAGCAAGAGACACAUGAUCAGGCAACUGUUUGUCAUAUUUGCGAAAAAAUAAUUACUACAAAUACAGAUAAGUGUUAUGAUCACUGUCAUUUCACUGGAAAUUAUCGCGGUCCAGCUCAUAUAUCUUGUAAUGUCAAUUAUGCAAAGUCUCAUGUUAUACCCAUAAUAUUUCACAAUUUAUCCGGCUAUGAUUUACAUUUUUUAAUUAAAAGUCUGGCUACAUUAAUUAAAGGUGAUGUAACUUUACUACCAAUUAAUAAAGAAAAAUAUAUAUCUUUCACAAAAUCAAUAGAAAAUACUUCAGUGACAUUACGAUUCAUAGACUCAUUCAGAUUUAUGGCAUCAAGCCUUGAAAAAUUAGCUUCAUAUCUUGGUGAUGAUGAAAAGCUUAUUACAAAAAUUCAGUAUCCUGAUCCGGAUGAAUUAAAAUUAGUUACGCGCAAAGGCAUAUUUCCGUAUGAAUAUAUUUCAAGUAUUGACAAACUUGAUGACAAACAAUUGCCUGAUCAAGUAUCAUUCUUCUCAAAGCUAACAAAUGAAAGUGUCUCUGAUGAGGAUUAUUUUUUUGUUCAGCUAGUCUGGAACAAAUUUAACAUCAAAACACUGGGAGAGUACUCAGAUUUAUAUCUUAAAGCUGAUGUACUUCUUCUAGCGGAUGUGUUUGAAAGUUUUAGACGUAGCUGCUUUGAAACUUAUAAUCUUGAUCCACUACAUUACUAUACUGCUCCCGGUCUGUCCAAUGAUGCAAUGUUAAAAUACACUGGUGUGGAACUUCAGCUUUUAACUGAUCUUGAAAUGGUACUUUUUAUUGAGAAAGAAAUCAGAGGUGGAGUAUCUCAGUGUACAAACCGAUAUGCUGCUGCUAAUAAUCGGUACAUGGGUGAAGACUUUGAUCCAAGCAAAGCUGAAUCUUACUUGAUGUAUUAUGAUGUAAAUAACUUGUAUGGUGCAGCUAUGAGCAUGCCACUGCCGACGGGAUAUAUAUUAGAAGUAGAUUUAGAGUAUCCUGAGGAGUUACAUGAACUUCACAAGGACUUGCCCUUGUGUCCUGAGCACUUUGUACCGCCAGGAUCCAAACACUCAAAAUUAUCAACAACUUUAAAAUUAGCAAAAAAUGAGUUUGAAAAAAGUUUUUAUAAACUAAUGAACAACGCUGUAUUUGGUAAGACUAUGGAAAAUGUAAGAAAGCACAAAGAUGUGCAAUUGAAAACUGAAUGGGAGGGUAGAUUUGGCGUCAAAGAAUUGAUACGUAAGCCAAAUUUCCAUAGUCUUACCAUGUUUGAUAAAGAUAUGAAUUUUAAAAACGAUGAGUCGAAAUUAAUGUAUACUGACACAGACAGUCUCAUCUAUCAUUUUACUGUGCCGGAUAUCUAUAAACUCAUCAAACGUGAUAUCUCAAAGUUCGACACCUCUGACUACCCUGAAGAUAAUGUAUAUAAUAUGCCAUUAGCUAAUAAAAAAGUCCUGGGUCUAAUGAAGGAUGAAAAUAAUGGUGAAAUCAUGAUUGAAUUCACUGCACUUCAGGGCUAA